GGCUGCUGGAGAUUGCCAAACCCAAAAUCCAACCGAAUGUUCCAAGCUUGGCAUCGCUCCCCCCAGGCUUUAUUACCUCCCCCCUCCCGAGUUGAUCAGCUUGACUGGGACGAUCACUCAUCCUCUCUCUCCACUACCUAUCUGCAGGGCCCUCCAUCUGCAUCAUGAGUGACCCCGUUGGCGCAGACGACCUCGUCUACGUCGCGCAAGCCCAUGCUCCCCAGAAAGAGCUUCAGACUCCGAUGGACGAGAAGAAGGACCUGAAGGCCCCGAUAAAUGAGGAAACAGCCGUGGUCUCUGCUCCAUCCAUCGUUGAUGACGGGCGGGAAUAUCCCACCGAAGAGGAGGAACGGACUCUCCGCCGAGUGUCCGACAGGGUCAGCUGGACCGCCUAUACGGUUGCCUUUGUCGAGCUGUGCGAGCGGUUCUCCUACUACGGAACGACUGCCGUCUAUGUCAACUUCAUCCAGCAACCUCUCCCGGCCGGCUCGACGACCGGUGCCGGCUUUAGUGGUCAAUCCGGAGCUCUGGGCCAGGGUGAACGGACAUCCACUGCGCUGACUACUUUCAACACGUUCUGGUGCUAUGUCAUGCCUAUUCUGGGCGCCUGGAUUGCCGAUGAGUACUGGGGUCGGAUGCGAACCAUCCAGGUCUCUAUCGGCUUCGCCAUGCUGGGCCAUAUCAUCAUCAUCAUCUCUUCCAUCCCGCCCGUGAUUGUGCACGCAAACAGCGCUCUGGCAUGCUUCUGUGUGGGUCUGGUUAUCUUCGGUAUCGGUGUGGGCGGUUUCAAGUCCAACAUCUCGCCCCUGAUUGCCGAACAGUACAAAGAAACGAGGAUGUUUAUCAAGACAAUUCCCAAGACUGGCGAACGGGUCAUCGUCGACCCUGCCCAGACAAUUACCCGCAUCUUCCUGUACUUCUACUUCAUGAUCAACGUCGGCUCCCUGAUCGGAUCCGUGGCCAUGGUGUACGCAGAGAAGUACGUGGGAUACUGGCUGGCGUUCCUGCUUCCGACCAUCAUGUUCGGUCUCUGCCCCAUCGUUCUGUUCUUCUGCCGAAAGAGAUACACAGUGACCCCCCCGACGGGGUCGGUCGUUACCAAGGCCUUCCAGCUGUGGAGCCUUGCCCUCAAGGGGCAGUGGUCCUGGAACCCGAUGACCUUCUACCGUCGCUGCCAGUCAACCGAGUUCUGGGAGAGCGUCAAGCCCAGCCGAAUUGCGAACAAGCCCAAGUGGAUGACGUUCGACGACCUGUGGGUGGAAGAGGUGCGCCGUGCCGUCAAGGCCUGCGCUGUCUUUGCCUGGUAUCCUCUUUACUGGCUGGCCUACGGCCAAAUGACCAAUAACCUGACCUCGCAGGCGGCGACUAUGCAACUGCACGGGGUCCCCAACGACAUCAUCAACAACCUGGACCCCCUGGCACUGAUCAUCUUCAUCCCCAUCAUGGACCAGUUCUUCUACCCGGGUCUCCGCAAGAUGGGCUUCCACUUCACCCCGAUCAAGCGUAUCUACGUGGGCUACCUGCUCGCCUCCGCAUCGAUGAUCGCAGCCGCCGUGACGCAGUACUACAUCUACAAGACGAGUCCGUGCGGCAACCACCCGAGCACCUGCGACGAGGCGGCGCCGAUCAACGUGUGGGUGCAGACCGUCCCGUAUGUGUUGAUUGCAUUCUCGGAGAUCUUUGCUUCGAUCACCGGAUACGAGUAUGCGUACACGAAAGCGCCCAAGAACAUGAAGAGUUUGGUGCAAUCUCUGUACCUCUUCAUGAACGCCAUCUCCUCAGCCAUCCAGCAGGGUCUGACCGCUUUAUCUACCGACCCUCUUCUGAUCUGGAACUACGGGUUCGUUGCCGUGCUGGCCUUUGUUGGUGGUAACUUGUUCUUCAUGUGCAACUUGAAGCUGGACAAGGAGGAAGACGAGCUGAACAACAUCGAGGAGUCGAAGUAUUUGGGACGAAAUCAGACGGCUUUGGGAGAGAAGGUUGACCCUGAGCUGUGAGAUGAUGUAUGAGUAACGUGACGCAGUAUAGAGACUUAAUGAGCAUGAGCAUGAUAGUAAUGAGCUGUU